AUGCUAUCCCGAAGCAUAUUGGAUGCCUAUUUACCACUUUUACUCCCAUCAAACGAAAUAUCUCAUCUUGGACAUGGAUCCCUUGCAAUUCCUAAGUUAAAACGUGAAGAUUUAGUUACUUUAUUGACAUCAAUGAAAACCGUUUUUGAAAAAGAAGAGACUCUCUUAAAUAUUUGGGGUGAUUUCAAUGUAGUAGGUGACAUUCAUGGAAAUUUGAAAGAUCUUAUCAGGAUCUUCUGCUUCGCAGGAUCUCCGUAUCAAAACAAUUAUAUAUUCCUCGGUGAUUACGUCGAUCGUGGCGAAAUGUCAAUUGAGUGCAUUGUGUUAUUGUUUGCUUACAAACUUGCAUAUCCAAACAAAAUCUAUUUACUCCGCGGUAACCAUGAGUUCGAACUAAUUAAUUCUUAUUAUGGUUUCAAACAACAAGUACUUUCCGAAUAUGAUGAAGAAAUAUACAAUAUGUUUAACGAGGUUUUUUCAUAUCUUCCUCUUGCAGCUGUUUUAAACCAGAAAUACUUCCUCGUUCAUGGAGGUAUUAGCCCAAGUUUAAACACGAUUAAACAAAUCGCACAAUUGAAGAGACCAAUAACAAGUUUCCAAGAGGGAUCAGAAUCUGAUAUAAUUACAGAUAUAAUGUGGGGAGAUCCUUCUACAAUUACUAAUUUAUAUGCACCAAGUCCACGUGGCUUUGGCUACGUUUUUGGAAUGGAUUCUGUUAUUGAGUUCCUUUGUAAUAACAAUGUCAAGUAUAUAGUAAGAGCUCAUCAAUGUGUUACUCAAGGGUUUGAAGAGAAUUUCGGCGGCGCUUGUAUGACCGUAUUUUCAACAAGUAAUUACUGCACAAUGCCGCCAAAUUCCAGUAGUAUACUCCAAGUUACAGAAGAUAACCAUCGACCAACAGUUUUUGCUCCAAUCAAGCACUUUAGAAAAUUCGAGGUUGAAUUUAGAGAAAUCGAGGUCCAAGACACUGUACCGCUAUGUAAUAAGCUCAAACCCGUUUCACGCACCAAUUCCAACAAAGUUAAAAAUCCCGGUAAAAGAUUCAAUAACGUCCAGGUUGUAUUCACAUGCAAACCAAGGAGAACCGAAGAAGGUCAUGGAAUUUACUCAUAUAGUUCAACUUCUGAGCUUCCUAAGCUUGAAAAUGGACCAAGAAUGCUCAAGAAAUCAAAUUCACAACCAGAAAAACUUCAUCUUGAGUGA